ACCACCCACCCCCACCUCUCUCUCUCUCUCUCUCUCUCUCUCUCUACAAUGGUUGCAAGCAAAGCAUACACAGUGACUGUCACUGCGAAGACGACGGUGGCUGCGGCGCUGCCAAUGCAGGAGCACCGGCGCCCGCUGUCGAACCUCGACCUGCUUCUACCGCCGUUAGACGUCGGCAUCUUCCUAUGCUAUGAAAAUGCGGUGGCAACUUCAACGACGUACGCCACGAUGGUCGCCGCCCUCAAGGCGUCGCUGGCGCGGACCCUCGCGACGUACUACCCUUUUGCGGGGGAGGUGGUGAGCAACGAGGCCGGCGAGCCGGAGCUGCUGUGCAGUAACCGCGGUGUCGACUUCGUUGAGGCUCGAGCUGAUGCCGAGCUCCGGGAGCUUUGCUUUCAUGAUCCUGAUGAGAGUGUGGAGGGGAAGCUGGUGCCAAAGAAGAAGAAAGGAGUGCUCUGUGUUCAGGCCACUGAGCUCAAGUGCGGCGGUGUGGUGGUGGCCUGCACCUUCGACCACCGCGUCGCCGACGCCUACUCCACCAACAUGUUCAUCGUCUCCUGGGCCGAGACCGUGCGCUCGGCGCCGCUCUCCGUCCUCCCCACCUUCCGCAGCUCCCUCCUCUCCCCCCGACCCGCCGCCGCUGUCGACGCCUCCAUCGACCGCCUCUACGCCCCGCUCUCCUCCCUCCCCCCUCCCCCCGACUCCGACACCGCCGCAGCCCCCGUCUCCGUCAACCGCAUCUACUACAUCGCUGCGAAGGACGUCACCACGCUUCAAGCCGCCGCGGGGAAGGGGAAAACGAAGCUCGAGGCGUUCACAGCGUGUCUCUGGCGGCUUCUCGCGAAAGCCGCCGACGCUGACGAGAAAGUCUGCUGCAUGGGAGUGGUCGUGAACGGUCGGGGCCGGCUUUGCGGCGGCGAGGACGACAUGCUCGGCUACUUCGGCAACGUGCUGUCGAUCCCCUACGGGACGUUGGACGUAGAGGCCCUGCAUGGGAUGAAGCUGGACGAGGUGGCCGAACACGUGCAUGGGUGGGUAUCCGCCGCGGCGACAGAGAAGCACUUCCUGAACCUCGUCGACUGGGUCGAGUCGCGCCGCCCCGUGCCGUCGGUGGCGAGGAUAUACUGCGGAGAGGAAGGGGGACCGGCAUGUGUGGUGUCCUCCGGGAGGGGUUUUCCGGAGGAGGCGGAUUUUGGGUGGGGGAGGCCGGCGUUCGGGUCGUACCACUUCCCGUGGGGCGACGGAGCAGGUUACGUGAUGCCGAUUCCCCGCGGCAGCGGAGAUUGGGUCGUCUACGCCCACCUUGCGCGGAGAUUCGUCGCAGCGCUGGAGGAGGAACCGACCGUGUUCCGACCAUUGACUACUGACUACAUUCUUAAUAAGAUUGACAGUGAAAAAUAAAAAAAAAUCGAAGCAAUAUGCACCGUCUGAUUACCUCCACGUGGCUAAUUGUUGGGCUGAUGAAGCUGUGUUUGUAUUAAUUAUUAUAUUGUAAUAUUGUAUUAUAUUAUAUGCUGCUGUUAAUGUUUGGUAUGCAUGUAAUAGUCACCUAUUGUUCGCGAAACAUGGUGCCAAACACCUUGUGUUUGUUAUGUUUGCUUUUCGGUUAAAUGUUUGAGAUGUUAUCGUCAUGUGUAUACAUAAAUUUAUGAUUAAUGUGGUCAAUUUGUGGGUGUAA